CUAAGAUGAGAUAACAGCUAUUCAAGGAGCAUAACCAUUUUCUAAAGCACCAUACAUUUUGCCCACUUUCUCCAGGACUUCUUGGCCAUUUUGACUUUGGUGAGGGAUACUGGCAAAAGAUAAAUGGAUCCCAUGAUAAUUAUAGUUCUGGUGGUGACAGCAGCAACACAAGUUAGUGCCACGGCCUGUAAUCUCUCUCACGAUAAUGGAACUCAUCAAUGCUAUGGGGCUUUGGGAGAAGCCUUGUUCGUUGUCCUGGCUGCAGACAGUGGUAAUGAAGUCAUACGAUUGACGAAAGGUGAUAAAUAUAUUCUGGACAUCAAAACUGGUAAAGACUGGAAACCGAAAUUGCAACCGGAGUUUAAGAAUCGCUCUGAGUUAUUUAAUAAUGGAACAUUCAGACUGGACAGAGUCUUAAAAAAUGACUCUGGAGAUUACCAGAUGGAAACAUAUAACUCAGAGGGAUCACUGUUGCGCCGAGUCAACAUGCGACUUCAGAUACAAGCCCCGGUGUCAGUGCCAGUGUUGUCUCACCUCUGUCUGCCUAAUGGAGAGACUCUGGUCACAUGCUCCUCAGAGGGAGAUGGUCUUCAGUAUAGCUGGACCAUGAGCGGCCAGCCUCUGACCAGGAGUAUAGCCUUCAAUGCUGUCACACUGAAGAACAGUGAUAUGGCAGAACUGACCUGCCUUGUUCAGAAUAAUGUUAGCAGAAGGAACUCAACAAUCGAUCUCCUGGCCUGCCCAGUUGUCUCUUCCCAGUUUCCUUUUGUAGCUGUGACAGUGGCUGUGGCUUUGAUUGUUGGAACUCUCACACUACUUCUUGCACUAUAUGUCGGUAUUAACCAUCUAUGCAAGAAACGAAGAUCCAGAUAUGAUACUUCAGUAAGCAUUAACAAGGAUGAGGAGGUGGUAUACGCUGAUGUGAAAAUAGACAAGCAAAGGAAGCAGAGGACCCCAGCCACAGACAUGGCGGAGUAUGGACAGAUCAACAUGGCUGGGAACCCAGACGUGGCAGGCAGCCCAUAGACUUUUUAAAAAAAAGUUGUAUUUCUUAUUUCUUACUAUUAUUAUUUUUAUUGGUGCGUAACUGUUAGGAAAGUUGUAUUGUCAAUCUUGUUUUGUAUUUAAAGGCCACUUUAAAUGUGUACAUGAUACUGCAACAACAUUUUCACAUGGGGACAAUAAAGUCAGUAAGUAAGUAAGUAAGACUCAAGGGUAGAUAUUUUAACAACAUGUACAUUUAUAAAGCAGAACUAAGACAAGGGUUGACUGAACAUUCUGUGCAUGCAUGCCCUGGUUGAGUUGGUCUGACAGACCAUUGAACUAGUGACAAAUGAACAUCAAGAGAUGGCAACAAGAAAGACGUACUGCAUGUCAUUUUGAGUUUGUUAAGAUUAAUAAGUAUCAACUUUUCUGUUGUAUUGUACAAUGGUAUGACAAUUUUGAAGUAUUUUGUCAUUUUUCCUUAAAACCAUACUAUCAAUUUAUCUGUAUUUCAAUGUUGAAUGAAUCCCGACGAGGGUGCUUGCAAGUCAGACCUUAGCUCUAUUGCUUGAGAGAAAGCAUCUGAACAUUUCCUGUAAACUGAGCUGCAAUAUCAUACUGUAAAUCGAAUCCUUUAUUUCUUCUGAGGCAUCCACGUUGUUGUACCAAUGUUUAUUUGUGUUAAAAUACUUAGUUAUAACUGUUAUAUAAUAUAUUGGGAUCGGUAUAUACAUUUAUAAAUCAUCUUCGGGAUCGGUGUCCCUUCCACGGGACGGUUUAGCUAACGUAGGCUAAUGUGAUUAGCAUGAGGUUGUAAGUAGCAAGAAAAUUUCCCUGGACAUAGACAUAUCUGAUAUUGGGGGAUAGCGUAAAUUCUUGUUAAUGUAACUGCACUGUCCAAUUUACAGUAGCUAUUACAGUGAAAGAACACCAUGCUGUUGUUUGAGGAG